CAGAAAGAACAGUCAAAAUGCAGGCAGGGCGCCGGACAAAGCACUCGGGACAAAAUUGAAUUUAGUGAAUGUCACUUUUUGUCAUUUUCAAAUUUCCCGCCAUUCCGCCCCCUGUACUACGUCCUGACGUCGUCGCAGGGGACGGAACCCAGAAGACAGAUGCCGGCAUCGGCCGGAGGACACUGCAGGAGGGACAUCGCGGGAGCGCAGGACAAGGUAAGUGCAGAAGAGAUCCCGGAGCAGCGCCGCAUGGUAUUCCUGAGUGUAGCUCGGGGUUACCGCUUGUG